CCCUGUUCUUGUCAGUCCAUUCCUCCUGGGGCUCGGCAGCAGCAACCCCUUGCUUCAGGUUAAAGGAAGAACAAGGUGAUUAUUGCAAACCUGAAGGGGACUUUGGGGCGCCUGAGGAAGAAGAAGGGUCCAGGAUUUGCCUUCAGGCUUGGACUGCCAAAUCAAAAUAGCAGGCUCAGCCUGCCAAGACGAUGACAGUCACUUAUUCCAGCAAAGUAGCAAAUGCCACUUUCUUUGGAUUUCACAGAUUACUCCUAAAGUGGAAAGGCAGCAUCUACAAAUUGCUGUACAGAGAAUUUAUUGUUUUUGCUACUCUUUACACAGCGAUAAGUGUAUUAUACAGAUUUUUUCUUACAGGUAGCCAAAAACGGUUCUUUGAAAAGUUAUCAAUUUACUGUGACAAAUAUGCUGAACAAAUCCCGGUAACUUUUGUGCUUGGUUUCUACGUUACUUUGGUGGUGAAUCGCUGGUGGAACCAGUUUGUGAACUUGCCAUGGCCAGAUCGUCUGAUGUUCCUCAUCUCUAGCUGUGUCCAGGGCAGAGAUGAAUAUGGGCGCUUGUUAAGGAGGACUCUCAUGCGUUAUGUGAAUUUAACAUCUCUGCUGAUCUUUCGCUCCGUGAGCACAGCCGUGUACAAAAGGUUCCCUACCGUGGACCACGUGGUUGGAGCAGGCUUUAUGACAAAAUAUGAAAGAAAAAUCUUUGAUGACCUGAAGUCUCCCCACCUGAAAUACUGGGUUCCAUUUGUCUGGUUUGGGAAUUUGGCCUCAAAGGCAAGAAAAGAGGGGAGAAUUCGAGACAGUGUAGAUCUGCAGACACUGUUGAAUGAGAUGAAUAAGUACCGGUCUUGGUGUAGUCUUUUGUUUGGUUAUGACUGGGUUGGAAUCCCACUGGUCUAUACUCAGGUUGUCACUCUCGCAGUCUAUACUUUUUUCUUUGCCUGCCUGAUAGGGCGCCAAUUUUUGGAUACUGACCAAGGGUAUCAGGGGCAUGACUUAGAUCUUUACAUUCCAAUCUUCACACUGUUACAGUUCUUCUUCUACGCAGGAUGGCUCAAGGUUGCUGAACAACUUAUUAAUCCGUUUGGAGAAGACGAUGAUGAUUUUGAAACUAACUGGUGCAUCGAUAGGAAUUUACAGGUCUCACUUCUGGCAGUGGAUGAGAUGCACAUGAACUUACCAAGGAUGGAGAAAGAUAUUUACUGGAACGACUCCUCUGCCCGGCCACCUUACACAAAAGCAGCUGCUGAUUACUGUAUCCCUUCAUUUCUUGGAUCAACUAUUGAAAUGGGGCUGGCUGACACUGAAUUCCUCUAUGGGGAAGAGUGGCCCUGGGAAGAGGAGAAACACCGAAGGCAACGUUCAGUGCUGAGAAGAGUCAAGAGGUUCCUCAGCGUCCACGAGGGCCCUUCACCUCCACCUCAGCGGCGCUACAGUCGGCAGACAAGCGAGAACUCGGUGUUCUUCCCGGCAGAUGAAAAGGGGCACAUCAGGCGCCUGCAGGAAAUGCACACAAGGGGGAGAUACUCCACCUCGAGCUUCAAGAAGAAACACGAAGGACUUGACAGAAAUAACAGACUUCACAGUAGCCGAGACCUAGGACCCAUAACUGAAACCUCAAGGAAUGAGGCACCGUUUGGCGACAGCGAUACCUCAUCUGAGACAAACAAACCAGUUCCUGAGGUCAUCAUCUCUGAAGCUGAGGAGGAAGCACUUGAUGUGCUGGGCAAACCAGAUCCGCCAACACAGCGCAACGCAAGCAUGCCAGAAGAGAAGCUCCAAAGGAGCCUAACUGAGACAAACGUGAGUCUUCUGGACGAUCCUUUUUUCCCCCCAGAAGUCACUACAUACUUCCCAGGCUCUGAGGUGCAUCAGUCACUUCCUACUGUGAUAGGGGAGCCCAAACAUGAACCCUAUGUUGGUAACUUAGCCGGUUUCGUAACAGAUCAGGAGAGAAACAUUCAGCGAUGGAGUUUACCGAGCUUCCAUAGUCAAAAUGCAACGUCAAAUCCUGACACUGCUCCACCUUUAACAGAUUCUGAUACAUCUUCACAACAAAGGACCCCCAGUGAUGGAAAAAAUGUUAGUGCUGCUGCUGCUCCAGAGACGUUUGAGAUGCAGCACUUCUGGGAAAACCUGGAUAGUAAAGAAACAGCCAUAGUGGAAUUUUCUAAUGAGAAGAGUGAAAGAAAACUUUGACCAUGCUUGCUCUGGGUUUGACUGAACUUCUCGUCCUCUCUCACAAGUGGUUCUUACACGGGUUUGUUGAAAGUGUGAAGGGCAGAACACAACAUUCAGAUAAAACCUAAGCAAGAGGAAUUGGGCACCUAAAGAGAAUGCACUAUGGUGACAUGCUUUAAGCCACUUGGUUGAAAUCUGUGACCCUGUAGGUAAAACUGUAGGGGGCCUCAGGAAUGAUCACAAGCUAGCUAGCGCACAUGGCAGCGAGCUGUGCAGGCUCACCCACUGAGUUUAUCAGGAAAGCAGGGGUGGCUCUUCUGUCCACUUUGGAUCCACACUGAACAAUGCGACCUUUGGCCACUCCUUCAGAUUAGGGUCCAUGACAUCUCUGUAAGACCUACCAACAGUUUUGGUUUCCACUCAAGUGGCUAGAAGGGGAGGUGUGGGCUCAAUUCCCUACUCAGCCUGGAGAGAUUCAGCCCACCAUCUCUGUCUGCAGGAAUGUCUGAAAAAUCAGUCUCCCCACGUGUGUGGGGCAAAAGCCCACCCUCUCCUACUGAAGCUGUGCCACUGUAGAGUGGGAAAAUAAAAGGAUUAGAUGUUUAACUUCAGUAAGAAAAAUGGAAGAGGCAAAACUGCUGAUGAGCUGGGGAUGGGGUCUGAGCCUUGACCUCUGCUCCUUAGAGCAUGUGUAUGUUGUACCUAGUGGCUAUUUAUUGUAAUAUGCUGCUCCCAGGUGACCUCCCUGGUGAUGCCAGGACUGUGGCUCUCUCUCAAGAGGUGAUGGAGCUGCAGGAGCAACUGAGCUUAGGGCUCCAUUCUUGCAGAGAUCCUCAGUUGGAAGGCUUCAGAUAUCCCAAGCAGACAAGUAAAUGGCCCAGGACAUCUAGCAAAACUUGGUCUCUGCUUCCUUCCCCCCCACCCCGGGUCUGCUCCCACACUGCCCAGAUGUGUCACACACAUCCUCCAUUAACUCAAACCUGAGCCAGCAUUAGGUGGCUCCUGCUGCUCCAGGGGCAGCUAAGCCACCUCCCUGAACCUCCUGGUAGCAACCUGGCCUUUCAGCUGCCACUUCUA